GCGAGUAUAGGCUGUGCGCUGUUAUUUGGAACGCGGCCCUUCAUUUACCUGUGGUUUUUACCUGGAGUUACUUUUAGGCGGCUGUUUGGACGAAGAAACGAUGGCUAUUUCGGUGUUUUCGGUCUUGACGCAUUUGCUGGGAGAAUACGCAACCGGCACGCCGAAUAAAGUCAAAGUAAUAGAUGCUUAUUUGCUGUACAUGUUACUGACAGGAGCCUUUCAGUUCCUGUAUUGCUUGCUGGUGGGCACCUUCCCGUUCAACAGCUUUUUGGCAGGCUUCAUUUCCUGUGUUGGAUCGUUCACUCUUGCAGCCUGCCUGCGCAUUCAGGUCAAUCCGCAGAAUAAAGGACACUUCGUGCUCGUGUCACCAGAAAGGGCUUUUGGUGACUUCCUGUUUGCACACACCAUCCUCCAUCUCGUGGUGAUCAAUUAUAUUGGAUGAAUGAACUUCACCUUCCCACCUGGUGCAGGUGUGGAGAUAUAUGGAUGCCUUGCUGACUAACAACCGUCUAUGAACAACAGCUCAUGCCAUGAAAAUGCACAUUUACUAUGUUUAAAUAUUGUUGUUUUUUACUGUUUUGUGCUUGUCCAUCUCAGGAGUAAAGUUUUCUACCUUUUGUAAAAACUGUUACAAUGACUAAUUGAGUAAUAAAGCAAUUACAAAACCCCUGA